UGUCGACUUGGAAAGAAAUCAAAUCAAGACAUGAAUAUAUUAUCUUCAUCUUCAUACCAAAUUUUUCGAAAGUGUCGUCCACUUCCACUUUUUCGGUAUCUAUUUACUAGUCCAGUAUGCCACAAAGGAAGGAAAGGAUAUUUUGAAAGAUUAAAACGCGAGAAUCCUCAAAAACCCAGAACCGUGCCUAUUUCCCAAAUAGACCCGAAUGCCAGUGACGAGUACUUCAAAAUAACAUUACGACGUUCUACCAUUGGGCUUCCUGAAAAAAUACGACGUAUAGUAAAAGCACUUGGUCUGAAAAAAUUACAUAGUACAGUUUAUCGUGAACAACGGCCAAUAAUUGCCGGAAUGAUUUUAAAAAUAAAGGAACUUGUCGAGGUGGAAAAUGUGCCAAGCAUCCCUGAAGAUACAAGUAAUAGCCCGGAUCGAGGUUAUGUGAUUAUUAAAAGAAAUAGAGUCAAUUCAAAGUAA